UUUCAAAUUUUCGAAGCGGGGCUUUGAAUCACUCAGCGUUUAGUGCAGUCGGGCAGAAGUUAGUUUUGGGAGUUAGGUGUGCAUUGGUUAGUUAUAAACGUAGUCAGAAACUGUUACUAGCACUAGGGGUUAGCAGUCAAUACAAGAAGAAUGGCUGAACCACUGAAGUCCCUCUUUGAAAACAAGCCGGUGGAGAAGACGAAGAAAGAUCCGAAGCGGCUGUCAGUGGAGAGGAUCUAUCAGAAGAAGACGCAGUUGGAGCACAUUUUGCUCCGACCGGACUCCUACAUAGGCUCUGUAGAGCCUGUCACCCAACAAAUGUGGGUGUAUGAUGAGGAUGAAGGACUGAACUGCCGUGAUGUGACAUUUGUGCCUGGGCUUUACAAGAUUUUUGAUGAGAUCCUUGUAAAUGCAGCUGACAAUAAGCAGAGGGAUAAGAACAUGAACUGUAUCAAGAUCAACAUUGAUGUUGAAAACAACACCAUCAGUGUGUGGAAUAAUGGGAAGGGUAUUCCUGUAGUGGAGCACAAGGUGGAGAAGGUCUAUGUGCCUGCUCUCAUCUUUGGACAGCUCCUUACCUCCAGUAACUACAAUGAUGACCAGAAGAAAGUCACUGGUGGACGCAAUGGAUAUGGUGCUAAGCUUUGCAACAUCUUUAGCACAAAGUUCACCGUAGAGACUGCCUGUAAAGAAUCAAAGAAGACCUUCAAGCAGACUUGGUAUGACAACAUGGGCAGGGCAGGUGAUAGUAACAUCAAAUCCUUUGACGGAGAGGAAUACACCUGCAUCACCUUCAAGCCGGACCUCGUCAAGUUUAAAAUGACCAUCCUGGACAAAGAUACGGUGGCUCUGAUGACCAGGAGGGCAUACGACAUCGCUGGAUCCACCAAAGGUGUCCGUGUGUACUUCAACGGCAAGAAGCUGCCAAUUACAGGUUUCCGUAGCUACGUGGACAUGUAUGUAAAGGACAAGGUGGACGAGCUUGGCGGUGCCCUCACUGUAGUCCACGAGAUUGUCAACGAGCGCUGGGAGGUCUGCCUCACCAUGAGUGAGAAAGGUUUCCAGCAAGUCAGCUUUGUCAACAGCAUCGCCACGACCAAGGGAGGGAGGCACAUCGACUACGUGGCCGACCAGGUGGUUGGCAAGCUCAUUGAAGUGGUAAAGAAGAAGAAUAAAGCUGGGGUGGCUGUCAAGCCUUUCCAGGUGAAGAACCACCUGUGGGUGUUUGUCAAUUGCCUGGUUGAGAACCCCACCUUUGACUCUCAGACCAAAGAGAACAUGACUCUGCAGCAGAAGAGCUUUGGAUCAACUUGUCCUCUCAGUGACAAGUUCAUUAAGCAGGCUACAUCCUGUGGGAUUGUGGAAAGUAUCAUGAACUGGGUGAAGUUCAAGGCUCAGACCCAGCUAAACAAGAAAUGCUCAAGUGUUAAACACACAAAAAUCAAAGGAGUGCCCAAACUGGAUGAUGCCAACGAUGCAGGUGGGAAGAACUCCAUCGGCUGCACACUGAUCCUCACUGAGGGAGACUCGGCCAAGACACUUGCUGUGUCUGGGCUGGGAGUGGUCGGCAGGGACCGCUAUGGCGUCUUCCCUCUCAGGGGAAAAAUGCUCAAUGUUCGGGAGGCCUCACUCAAACAGAUCAUGGAGAAUGCUGAAAUCAACAACAUCAUCAAGAUCCUCGGCCUUCAGUACAAGAAGAACUACAGUGACCCAGAAUCCCUCAAGACCCUGCGUUAUGGCAAGAUCAUGAUUAUGACAGAUCAGGAUCAAGAUGGCUCCCACAUUAAGGGCCUUCUGAUCAACUUCAUCCACCAUAACUGGCCAUCACUGCUGCGACACAACUUCCUGGAAGAGUUCAUCACCCCCAUCAUCAAGGCAUCUCACAAGAAAACUCAGCUGUCUUUCUACAGUAUCCCUGAAUUCAACGAGUGGAAGGAAAACCAGCCCAAUUUCAAAUCUUGGAAAAUAAAAUACUACAAAGGUUUGGGAACCAGCACAUCGCAAGAAGCAAAGGAGUACUUCUCUGAUAUGCAGAAACACCGUAUCCCAUUCAAGUACUCUGGACCUGAAGACGAUGAAGCUAUCACCCUUGCCUUUAGCAAGAAGAAAGUGGAAGAGCGUAAAGAGUGGCUGACCAACUUCAUGAACAACAGACGCCAGCGCAAGGCUCACAACCUGCCUGAGGAGUACCUGUACGGUCAGACCACCAAAUCUCUUUCGUACAAUGACUUUGUCAACAAGGAGCUGGUCCUUUUCUCCAACUCUGACAAUGAGAGGUCAAUCCCCUGCCUGGUGGAUGGUAUGAAACCAGGCCAGAGGAAGGUGCUGUACUGUUGCUUCAAGAGGAAUGACAAGCGGGAGGUGAAGGUGGCCCAGUUGGCCGGCUCGGUGGCUGAGAUGUCAGCCUACCACCAUGGAGAGGUCUCUCUGAUGAUGACCAUUGUUGGUUUGGCCCAGAACUUUGUCGGAAGCAACAACUUGAACCUGCUGCAGCCUCUGGGUCAGUUUGGAACCAGGUUGCAUGGUGGCAAGGACUCCGCCAGCCCUCGAUACAUCUUCACCAUGCUCAGCUCCCUGGCCCGCCUCGUUUUCCCAUCUGUGGACGACAACCUGCUCAAGUACAACUAUGAUGACAACCAGCGCGUAGAGCCGGAGUGGUACAUGCCCAUCAUCCCCAUUGUGCUGGUGAACGGCUCCGAAGGUAUUGGCACAGGCUGGGCCAGCAAGCUCCCCAACUACGACAUCCGAGAGAUCGUCAGCAACAUCCACCGCAUGCUCAACGGUGAUGAGCCUCUGCCCAUGCUUCCAAACUACAAAGGCUUCAAAGGGACAAUUGAGCAGGUGAUGGACAACCAGUACAUCAACAGUGGAGAGGUGGCCAUCAUUGAUUCAACCACCAUUGAGAUCUCUGAAUUGCCAGUCAAAACCUGGACGCAGGCCUACAAGGAGAACGUGCUGGAGCCAAUGUUGAAUGGCACAGAGAAGGCCCCUCCUCUGAUCACAGACUACAAGGAAUACCACACUGACACCACUGUGCGCUUUGUGAUUAAGAUGACCGCAGAGAAGCUGAGUGAAGCAGAGGCUGCUGGUCUCCACAAAGUCUUCAAACUACAGACCGCCCUCACCUGCAACUCUAUGGUUCUGUUUGACCAUGUGGGCAGCCUGAAGAAGUAUGAGUCUGUGCAGGAUAUUCUCAAAGACUUCUUUGAGUUGAGGAUGAAGUACUACAUGCUGAGAAAGGACUGGUUGGUCGGCAUGCUGGGGGCAGAGAGUGCUAAACUCACCAAUCAGGCCCGCUUCAUCCUGGAGAAAAUCCAGGGCACCUUGGUCAUUGAGAACAAGCCAAAGAAGGAACUCAUUCGCAUGCUGCAGCAGAUGGGCUACGACUCUGACCCAGUCAAGGCUUGGAAAGAGGCUCAAGAGAAGAACCAGGAAGAAGAGGUGGUGGAGGAAGAGGAAGAGGAGGAAACGGAGAAGGACACCAGCGGGCCAGACUACAACUACCUGCUGAGCAUGCCCAUGUGGUACUUGACCAAAGAGAAGAAAGAUGAGCUGUGCAAGCAGAGGGAUGCUAAGAUGACAGAGCUGAACACGCUGAAGAAGAAGUCUCCAGCCGACCUGUGGAAGGAAGACCUCGCUGCUUUCUGCGAGGAACUGGAGAACAUUGAGGCCAAAGAGAAGGAGAACGCCAGCAUGCCCAUCGUUAAAAAGGGGGCUGGAAGAGGCAAAGCAGUGAAGGUGAAGCAAGAGACUCUGCCCACACCACAGGGUCGCCGCGUCGUCCCGCGUGUCACCAGCACCAUGAAAGCUGAAGCUAACAGGAAGGCUGAUCUCAAGAAAGGAGAAGGCAAGAGGGGCAGGAAAGUCAAGACUGAAGACGUCGUGAUGAAGAUGGAGUUUGGAGAAGAUGCUGAGAACACAGAGCCAAGUGAAGAGAUGGGCUUGGCUGCACGACUUGGCAAGAAAACUAAAACCCAGACAAAGGAAAAAGCAGCAGCAUCGAAGACCAGCAAGCAGGGCACUCUUCAGUUUCAACCCGUUGCCAAGAAGACCAAGAAGAAUCCGUGGUCAGAUGAGGAGUCUGGCAGUCUGUCCAACAGUGAAAUCGAGGCAGAGGAAGUGGCUGCCCCCAGAGAGCGAGUCGAACGCAAAACUAAAGCUGCGGUGAAGUACAACAUGUCCGACAGUGAAAAUGAAUUUGAUGACUGGGGAAAGGAGGGCGCUCCAAAGCGGAAAGCUGCCAUCAGCGACGAUGAUGAUGACAGCUUUGUCCCCGAGCCCAUGGCUGACAGCGAAGUUGACUCUCCAGCCCCUCCCCCCAAAGCUCCAGAACCCAUGAAGAAAACAGUAAAGAGCAAAUCUACAGUGAAACAAGCUAAAACCACUUCAAGCUCUCAAUCAGAUGAUCAGGUGCCUGCACCCAAGGCUCCAGUUCAACGUAAAACAAAGGAGGCAGCACCCAAGAAGGCUGCUGCUGCUAAGAAACCAGCUGCACCCAAGAAGAAGGCUACAGACGCAAAGCAGCCAUCCAUCCUGGAUGCUCUGUCCAAGUCCAAACCUGCGUCCAACACAGCUGCCAAGAAGGUCCCUUCAUUUGACUCCAGUGACUCAGAGGGUGAAGUCAAAGCUCCAGUUACAAAGGCCAAGCCUAUUGUGAAACGGAAACAGAUCGCCAGCGACGACUCCGACAGCAGCUCAGACAACCUCAUGUCACGCAUCAAGGGCAAAACAACUGCCAACAAGAAAAUCAAGAAGUGGGACGAUGAUGAAAGCUUCCAGGUUUCGGACCAGGAAGAAGCAGCUCCUGUAUCCAAGGCACCGCGAGACAAGCCCUCACGUGCCCGCAAACCUGUAACCUACAACCUGGACUCAGAUUCAGAUGAAGACUUUUAAGGUUCACUCUCUGAGUCAGUUUUAGAUUUAGUAUCGAUAUAGAAAAGUUAUACAGUUUAUGCCAAGCGAUUAAUACGGCAUUGUUUAAUUACUUGAAGAAUGGUUGCAUUUACACUCGUGGUUUAAAAAGACCUGCUGUCCUAAAAAAAGAUUUAUUCUAGCAAAGGUUCUCUUCUGCUCUUUAACAGGAUGUUAAAGAGCAGAAGUCAAAGAAAAAGCUUGGCCUACAUUAUACAUGUGCACAAGUCUAGUUUUAAUCCUGGAAUUACAUACUCCUAGGCUUCUUGAAAUGUCUGUUUGACUCCAUUUAUUUGUGUUUUGUCUUGUCUUGUAAAUAUUUCAAUGGCUUUUCAUGUUAUAUUUAGAAAAAUAAAGUUGUUUUGUAUUAA